AUGGUUGACGGCAACACACUUCUUGCUGUGCUUUGUGUUACAAUGGUGAUGUCUCUUGCUGAUCGAGAUGUAUGUCAUGAUGUGACUGUAGUAGGCGGUGGUAUUGGCGGGACAUACGCGGCCUGGAAACUCAGACAUCAUGAAUUAAAUAUCGGUUUAUACGAGUUCUCGGACCGACUUGGAGGCCGCUUCUACACGUAUCGCUUUCCUGAGGCACCGGACAUUCCAAUCGAGCUUGGUGCUAUGAGAUAUUUGACUCAGAAGACCAAUUUUAGUGGAGACCUUUCAUCUUUACAAAAGGAGCUGCCCUUUAUUGUAUCAGAUGACAAUGCUUCGUUGUCAGACCAAACAAUCAGUGAAUUCUUCUCAAAGUAUUUAAGUGAUGAAGCUAUUGAAAUGGUUACCAACAUUUUGAAAUUUAACUCCCAUAACCCAACGGCGGCACAUGUUCUACAUUUUAUGCCAGAAAAUUUUAAUGUCGACGUGUAUAUGACAAUAUCAGAAGGUAUUCAACAACUUCCGGAACACUUGGUAAAGCAGUUUAUUGGAGCCAGCAGAAAUCAUAGUGUACACACAAACCAUCAACUGAUUAGUAUCACCCGGAACUCUGUUGAUGGCUACACCCUAGGAUUCAUGCAGACUGUAACGAGUGACGGAAAAACAAGUCCGACCAGCCAAUUUAUCAGUGUCUGUAGUCAUCGAGUUAUAUUGACUGUUCCGCCACCAGCUUUGCUUCAGAUUAACUUGGAAACGUUACAACAGCGACAUAUUCUUUCAACUUUAAAAACUUUGAACUACCAUGUUGGUGUUAAAGUGUUCUUGCUGUAUGACUACCCUUGGUGGAGAGACCAUCUAAUCAAAUCAGACAUUGAUAGCUUGAAUUCAUACGACAGUCUUCAUAAAUGCCCCAAGCUCAAAAAUCAAUAUUCUAAUUACUAUGAUAUUCUACAUUCUGGUUAUACUGAUAACAGGUACGAUGAACAUAUACGCCCAACUUUGAUAUCAGAUCUCCCAAUUGAUAUGACCUUAGAUUUUGGUAUUUCUAACAGGACAGGCCGAGCUGUUUUGUUGGCAGCGUAUUCAGUGCAUGACUUGUGGAGUGAGUUACAGAAAAAUGGCGAAAAACUCAAUCUUGGACAUCACAGCGUGUCAACAGAGGUUGUCAGACACGCCCACAUGUACCUGGCAAAGCUUUACAACAUUAACAUGACAGUAAUCCCGACACCGACUGCUGGAGUGAUAUCACACUGGGAUCAGUAUCCAUAUAAGGAGGCAUUCAGUACAUCGAAAACUGGAGUCGAUAAGGAAACAGUUUGGAGAACAAUUCACAAACCAUCAGCUGUGGAUAAUAUCUUCAUCGCGUCUGGCUCCUACUCGAAGCGUACGUCUGAUGCCUGGUCCGAAUACUGUUUGGAGGCUGUCGAAGGAAUAAUUUCCACGUAUUUUGGAAACAAUUAA